GUCCGCUUGGAGCUGAGAGAGGAGGAGCCUGCAGGGUGUGGGACUCCAGACAAAGGAGACAUAUACACACUGACACUGGAUCUCUGGAGCGAAAGGAGAGCAAGACAGCUGAAGAGCUUCACUUUUCCACGCAGGAGACGAUCCUCAACUCCUGGACUACUUUUUUCUUUCUUUUUUUCUGUCUUUUGUCCUUUGAAAAAACUUUGUUAGAAAGGGAACUCGUGUGUUUGUCAGCUGUAUGGACUCAUCUGUGAGCUGAGGGUUGUUUGCUUCGGAGCAGCGGUUACCAUAUGCUGUGUGGAAGUGUGUGGGUUAGUAUGUUUGGGAUGGAAAAGGGGGGCUGGGACGACCGACAGCUUUCUUAGCUCUCCGCCAUGGGGGGUUGCCAUAGUUACCCCUCAGCUACGAAAGCAGACAGCAAGAGUCUUCAACCUUCUGAUAUCAGCAAUGAAAAACUGGGAAUUAAUAACAAUAACCUGGAGGCGCGUCCAUAUCUGCAGCAGCAAUAUUUGUGCCAGCGCAUCACACACACAGACAUGUUUGCCCUCACAGCGCUGCCGCCUGGCGUCGACAAGGCAGAGUGGCUCGCCAGCAACAUGGCAUUUUUCAAGCAUAUAAACCUGUUCUCUAGUGCGCUGUCUGAGUUCUGCACGCCCAGCACCUGCCCAACCGCCUGUGGACCGGACAACACGGUCUAUGUUUGGACCGAUGACCACGGCAGGAAGCUGAAGUGUUCUGCCCCACUUUACUUUGACUAUGCCAUGUCAUACAUUCAGGAGCUACUGACUGAUGAAGAUGUGUUCCCCACGAAAGCAGGCUCAGUGUUUCCAACAGGCUUCGUUUUUCUCGUCCAGAAGGUGUUUUUGCUGUUUUUCAGGACUCUGGCUCACAUUUAUUGGUCUCACUACAGAGAGACGCUCGCGCUGGGCCUGCACCCACACCUCAACACACUCUUCACACACCUCACACUCUUCUGCCAGCAGCAUGCCCUGUUGGAGCCGGAGGACAUUGAGCCACUGCAGGAUCUCAUCACAGCUCUGGGACAGCAAGUCUGAACCUAAAGAGCAAACACACACAUUGUACACUCACAUUUUCAUCACGCUCUUUUUACUUGUUAUAACUGGUAUAUAAAAAAUAUAUAGUGCCACACACCACUCUGGGCCAAACUUACUUCACAGUAUGGAUUUUUUUAAAGGUCUGGAAGUUGUAAAAUAGGAAAGAAAAUACUUUUAUGAAAAACAUGUGUGAGAUCACUGAGUCUGCGCUUUAAAAAGCAGUAAAUCAGACCAGAUCUGGAGUAUCUGACUCCGACUUUUGUACAUAGUUAUUAAGAUACUGCGUGAAACUGUAAUAUUGCAUAUUAGUGUAUGUUAACAGAUUUAACAGCACAUUAUUAUAUUUUGAUAAGGUCAAGAUCUUCAAGGUCAAUUCUGUCUUCCUCACUUAUUAUAACAUAGUUAUAACAAAAACAUUAUCUCUCUUCUUCUCAAACGACCCAGACAAUUCACAGCUAAUAAUAAAAAAAGUACCAUCAAGGGUGGUGUGUCGAUGCAAAUGUGAUUACAGUUAUGAAUGCAUCUGCAUGGAAUGGCACAGCUUAUGUUUGCAUCUAUAUGUAUGACUCUGUACUCUAUAAUAAACAUUUAUGACAGAUUUUCUGUAACUUAAAAUCAAAAAAA